AGUUAGUUGUCAAAUUGUUGCAAUAAAGUGCGGUCAUAUAAUUAAACAAUAAUAGCCGUGUCGUGUUUAUUUACGUAAAAUAUUCCUGUAAUAUUACUAGAACAAAAUGCCCGUUGAAUUAGAGUUCGAUUAUGCUGCCAGGACAGCUUCUAUGGAUAAAUUCUCACAAGAUGAUAUUAAUAGUUUAAGGGAUUGGUCCGUGAAAUUGGAUAAAUCUAAAUACGUUCCCAAGGAUUUGACCGACAAGCAAUUGAUUUUGUUUUAUAAUGCCUGCUACGGAGAUGUCGAGAAGGCGAAAACGUGUAUCGAAAAAUAUUAUGCGUACAAGAAAAGUGCAUCGGACUUCUUCGACGGCCGUAUCGUAGACUCUGAGGAAUUGAAACCUCUCCAAGAAGUGCUCGAGUUCUCGGUGCUGCCAGGCAGAUCUGUCGCGGGCUACGACAUCGUCUUCCACAGGCUCCACAAUACGGAACCUUCAAAGUACAACUUCGAGCUUGGCUGCAGGCUGCUCUUCAUGACUAUUGAUGCCUGUUUGACUAAGCGUGGCCCACAGCCUGGUAUUAUCUUCCUCUUUGACAUGCGAGGCGUGAAGUUGGGACACUUGACACGUUGUGGAUUAUCGCACCUUCGCAAGUUCUUCCAAUUUGUCCAAGAGGCGUUGCCAGUCCGCAUGAAGGAAAUCCACGUGUUGAACACUGAAGCGCUAGUCGACAAGCUAAUAUUGCUCAUCAAGCCAUUCAUGGACAAGAAAUUCUUCGACAUGUUGAAAUUCCACCAAAAGGAUGAGAAUUUAGACGAUUUCUACGCCAAGGUUAUUCCACGGUCGUCGCUUCCUUCCGAUUUUGGAGGCUCCCUUCCCGACACCCAGACCCUUAAUAACCAGAAUAUCGAGACGCUGAGGGCCUUGGAACCUUAUUUCAAAGCUGAAGAGGCGCAGAGAUUCGCCGUGUUACCAAACAAGAAGGGAGACAAAGUAGAAGACUCAUUCAAGAGUUUAGAUAUAGAUUAAGUUUUGUUAUUAUAAGCCGACAUACCAGAUAAAUUUAUCAAUUUGGGGUUUAACCAUUGAUUUUGUAUUAAAUGCUAUUUAUAUUUUUAUUAAAAUUUGCCAUGACUUUAGGAUGGAGUUGGGAUGCUGUGUAAAUUAUCUUGGGUGGGAAGUGAAAUGUACUUAUAAUUUAAUAUUAGAUAUAAUUAUGUAAUAUAAAUACUCUAUUAUGUUGUCGCCGUGAUAUUUUUGAAAGUGAUAACUAAUUAUUCUAAACGGGCAAUACGUUUUUAGGUAAAAUAUAUGGAAUAAUAAACGCGGAAAUAAAUUAUAUAACUGCACAUUGGUAAGUAUAUAAAGAGACCAUUAGUAUUUGUCAGAUAUUUAUGAAUUGAAUAAAUGACUGAAAUUUUUCAAAAGUCGAAGUAUUAAUGUACUUAAAAAAAGUUACAAUUUGUAUUAGACUGAAAAUCAGGAUUUAUCGAUAUCAUGGUUCAUGAUAGGGGAAUAAAAUUUAAUAUAUUACCUUUGUAAAUAUAGGAAUUUAAACGGAGUUAUAUAAAGACGUUAAUGUGCUUGCCACGCUUAUAUGGUUUGGGGAAAGUCUUGCCAGUUAGGGAGUAGAACUCACAAAUAUAUUUUUUUAAAUAAGAAUAUAUGUUACUAGAAAGAAUUGAUUAUAAAUAAAGACUAAUAAUGUUCAUUGAGUGAUUAGCCGAAUUAAGAGAAAGCAUUUCUUCCUAUACGUCUUUCGUUUUAUUUCUAUUACCUUUUUAAUUAAAAUGGUAGUUUCUUACAAAUUGUAUGUCAAAUUAAAGAAAUUACACUUUUUUGUCUUAGAUUGAAUCUAAAGUGAAAACAAGCAUACAGAUUUUUGUUUUUUGUAUGAAUAUUAAUGAAAUAAAAAAAAAUAGGAAAUAUCAAUAAAACAACAAGAAUGUUAUAUUCUAGUUUGUAUAAAUAUAAAAAUACUUGUUUGCGUGCAUAUCAUGUUAGCUAAGAUUUUGUUGUAAGUAUAGUUUGUUAUUAAUUUUUUGCAAAUCGCUCAGUCUGUAAAAGUAAGUAUUAUGAAACACAUAUUUGAUUGCAUUGUUUGAAAGUAUAUUGGUACCUAAUGUUAAAUAGCACGGGAAAUGUUACAUUUCUAUCAUGUUACGAUUAAUUGAUUAAAUUUAAUUUGAAAAUAACAAGAAAAUGAGACAAAUCCAAUAAGGCUUGCAUACAACUUUGUAAUGUUUAGUAGAACAAGUCAAUUAAUAUGUGCACUUAUAGCUAUUUACAGAAGUUCUUUAUUUAUAAUGACGCAAUACUUACAAUUGUUGGUACUUAAUUAUAUAUAUUUAUUUGCAUUUAUUAUUAUGUUGAAAAUAAAAGAUUACAACAUGUUUCUAAUGUCAUUUUUUUUUAUAUAAUGAGUUGAAAUGACUUGUCGAAAAACUGUGUAGGUAAGUUUUUUUUAAGAUAACAAUGUGACGAUUUAUAUAAUAGAGAAAAAUACAAUAAUUACACACUAUUAUUAUGAUAUGUGGUAAUUAUAUUCACCUAUAUAAAAGAUUUGUAACCCACUGCAUCUUAAUUUUGCUGUAUAUAUUAAAAUAAAACGCCAUUUACACGGGUUUUUAUUGAAGACGGCACAAUACCACCACUCUUUACGUUUCCUCUGCCAUGUGUGAUCAUCGCGAGAUUUAUCUAUCUUCUUUUUAGAAAUACAAAAGUAUGAUUUUGUAUUGAAAUGGAUAUAUACUGGUUUUGAUCCGUGUCACAUUGAAAGAAAAGCCAGCAAUCGGUUUCUUGUACUUAUUGGUGGUGGUUUUAAAUUUUGUACAUUGUACCUGUUUAUAUUCCAUUAGAUUAGUUUGUAUUAUUUGUGAUAUAAUGUAUUUAUAGUACUUAUUUUGUUUCGGUUAUAUAGCUGAAACUUGUGAUUUUAAAUUGUAGCAAUAUAUUUUUAUAAAAUGUUA